GCCAGCCCCGGCAGGUGGAGGAGGGCAGCCGGGGCAGGCUGUGUGCUGCCAGGGGGUGCAGGAUGAAAAUGGACUGGCUCUCCCAGCGCUGCCAGGUGCCGGCUGUCCAGAGCUGCUCCCGCCCGGGAUGCUUCACUUUGCUGCUGGCCAUGUCUCUGUCUUUGCUGAUGUACCCAGUGCUGAAAAGUCUGGCCCUCCAGGUGCACUCUGCAGUCACUGGCAGCUACAUCUCUGGCGCCCACUCCAUCGCUUUCAUCAACUGCCCCAAUGAACAAAUUGCAAAGGACAUUGCAAGGGCCAUUAUGGAUAAGAAGCUGGCUGCCUGCGUGAACAUCCUGCCAAGGUCCUCAUCCAUGUAUUUUUGGAAAGGGGAAAUCGAGGAAGCCACUGAAGUCCUGCUAUUGGUGAAAACGAGGACAUCGAAAAUCCCCGAGUUAUCGGACUACGUCAGAUCCAUGCAUCCUUUUGAAAUUCCUGAAUUUAUCAGCCUGCCCAUUGAUCAAGGAAACCCUCUCUAUUUAAAAUGGAUUGAAGAAGGCGUCCCAGACAAAUAGUUGGAACGUACCACUUGAUUAUCCUUCUCAGGACACGUACCUGCCCGGCUUUUCCUUCCUGGGAGAAAUAGAAGAGGUUUGCUUUGCUGGUCUGUUCUCUGUUGAGCGCAGGUGGGAGCGGCGCUUCCCUGGGGGUUGUUGGUAGCGCACACGCUUGGCGUUUGGGAUAGAAGUGAAGACCCGCUUGAAAUACAGAUUAAUGAACA